CACACACACACACACACGGACUAUAAGAUUCAACUUUACACCAAACACACCUCUUCCACUGAGAGGACGUCCACAGGAGGGAAUACUGGAAUACCUUCCACUUCAAGCAGCUGCUGAAUCCACACACUGAGAGUUUGACCAGAACAAAGACUCAAAGUGAAAGUAAGUCUCAGGGAACAGGGAGCAGCUGCUGCUGAGUUUACUGCUUCACUCACAGACAACAUGGCUUCCAGAUUAGAGGAAGAUCUCUGCUGUACUGUCUGCCAUGACAUCUUUAAAGAUCCUGUGGUCCUGUCAUGCAGCCACAGCUUCUGUAGAGACUGUCUGCAGAACUGGUGGACGGAGAAAGUCAUCAAAGAGUGUCCACUUUGUAAGAGACCUUCAGUUUAUGAACCUCCCUGUAACCUGGUGUUAAAGAACCUGUGUGAGAGUUUCCUACAGGAGAGAGGUCAGAGAUCUCCAGAGGCUCUCUGCAGUCUGCACUCUGAGAAACUCAAACUCUUCUGUCUGGACCAUCAGCAGCCAGUGUGUCUCGUCUGCAGAGAUUCAAAGAUCCACAAAAAACACAGUUUCAAACCCAUCGAUGAAGCUGCUCAGGAUCUCAAAGAGGAGCUUCAGGAAACUCUGCAGCCCUUCAAGAAGAAGUUAGAGACUUUUGAAGAAGUUAAAGUGAAGUUUGAUCAAACAGCAGAACACCUGAAGGUCCAGGCUCGACGCACAGAGACGCAGAUUAAGGAGCAGUUUAAGAAGCUUCACCAGUUUCUAGAAGAGGAAGAGGAGGCCAGGAUGGCUGCACUGAGGGAGGAAGAGGAGCAGAAGAGGAGGAUGAUGGAGGAGAAGAUGGAGGCUGUGAGCAGAGAGAUAGCAGCUCUUUCACACACAGUCAGAGCCACAGAGGGAGCUGAGAACGUCUCCUUCCUGCUCAACUACAAGGCUGCAGUGGAGAGGCUGCAGCGCCCCCUGCUGGAGGAUCCACAGCUGCCCUCAGGAGCUCUGAUCGACCAGGCCAAACACCUGGGCAACCUCAGCUUCAACAUCUGGAGCAAGAUGAAGGACUUGGUGUCCUACUCUCCUCUCAUCCUGGACCCAAACACUGCUGAUCCAAACCUCAUCCUGUCUGAAGAUCUGACCAGUGUGAGAAAAAAAGAAGAGGAGGAAGAGGAGGUAGAGGAGCGAGAGGAGGAAGAGGAGGAACUUCCUGAUAAUCCAGAGAGGUUUGAUUACAGCUCUGUCCUGGGCUCUGAGGGCUUUAACUCAGGGACUCACAGCUGGGAAGUCCAGGUUGGAGACAGUACAUGCUGGGAUCUGGGUGUGUUAGCAGAGUCUGUCCAGAGGAAGGGAGACAUAGAGCCUGGAUUAUGGAGAAUAGAGUAUGAUGAAGGUGAAUACUCAGCACGGUCACCAUCAGAUCCAGAAACUCCUCUCAGCCUGCAGAAGGAGCUCCAGAGGGUCAGAGUGAAUCUGGACUGGAACAGAGGAAAGCUGUCGUUCUCUGAUCCUGACACUAACACACACAUACACACCUUCACACACACUUUCACUGAGAGGAUGUUUCCAUACAUUGGCAAUUACAAUGUACACACACUUAAGGUGUUACCUGUGAAGGUCUCUGUGUCUCUGUGACUGUAGAACAACAGAUAUAGAUGAUGAUGAUGAUGAUGAUGAUGAUGAUGAUGAUACUUGUAUCACCUACAAUUCUGAGACUUGUUUAAGGCAGAAAGAUUUAUCUUGAAAAUGCUCCACUUGGAAGAUAAUGUGUAACUCGUCUAAAUAUGUAAAUGCUCACCUGACUAAAGCGAGCGCUGACAGAGUGAUCACAGGUUUAGCCAAGUACUCCAUGCUCUGGUGCUCCACGAUGCUGUCGACCGCUUUCCCGUAGUAGUACGGGAUGAAGGCCUCACCUGCAGGACAAAAGGACAAAUAAAUAUCAUGUUAGUUUCAUGUGAAUAUCAUGUGAAUAUCAUGUGAAUAAGAGCUGGACACAAACAGGGGUUUCUGGGUCUUAACCGUUCUGAUAUUUCACAUCAUCAAUUAGCAAGUAAAUUGCACAAGAUCUGAGUACUUCUAAGUAAAAACACUUUUUCAAAUGUUUUAUUUUUUGGGGUGACAAACAAAAAGCAACACCAGGGUAACUUUUUUGUAACCCUUUAAAACAAACUAAUAACAAAGACAAUUUUUAAAAAAUGACAAAGUAAAUAAAACAAUAAUAACAUAUGUUUCAUAAUGACUUCAGAGUUUGAUUGACAAAAAAAAGAUAUUGUCAACUAUAUUAGUAGAUUGUAAUUUAUAAAAUGUGUAAUACAUCCAAAAUGUCUUUCUAGCCACUUAAUUGCGAGGAUUUGAUGCUUUACUUUGUUUUAUGUAAUGAACAUGGAGGAUUGAGAACAUGUUUGGUUAAAAUGGGUCUAAUAAUGGAUAUUUUGAUAUACACCAAUAAUGAUUAUGAGUCAAAGUAUAAUCUGCAGAAUAAUCAAUGAUAGAGUUUUAACAAUGUUAGGAGUCACUUUAAAGGUGCAGGGACAUGUAAUGGAGCUUUCUUUUAAAUUGUAUUAAAUGACUUAUAUGCAAUAUAUCUUCAACAAUAAAUCCACUUUGCUCUAUCCUGA